AACGCGGGGUGGAUGGAGCAGUGAGCGGGUCUGGGCGCCUGCCGGCAGCGCCAUGGAGACGGUGCAGCUGAGGAACCCGCCGCGCCGGCAGCUGAAAAAGUUGGAUGAAGAUAGUUUAACUAAACAACCAGAAGAAGUGUUUGAUGUCUUAGAGAAACUUGGAGAAGGGUCCUAUGGCAGUGUAUACAAAGCUAUUCAUAAAGAGACCGGUCAGAUUGUUGCUAUUAAGCAAGUUCCUGUGGAAUCAGACCUGCAGGAGAUAAUCAAAGAAAUCUCUAUAAUGCAGCAAUGUGACAGCCCUCAUGUAGUUAAAUAUUAUGGCAGUUAUUUUAAGAACACAGACUUAUGGAUUGUUAUGGAGUACUGUGGGGCUGGUUCUGUGUCUGAUAUCAUUCGAUUACGAAAUAAAACGUUAGCAGAAGAUGAAAUAGCUACAAUAUUACAAUCAACUCUUAAGGGACUGGAAUACCUUCAUUUUAUGCGAAAAAUACACCGAGAUAUCAAGGCAGGAAAUAUUUUGCUAAAUACAGAAGGACAUGCAAAACUUGCAGAUUUUGGGGUAGCAGGUCAACUUACAGAUACCAUGGCCAAGCGGAAUACAGUGAUAGGAACACCAUUUUGGAUGGCUCCAGAAGUGAUUCAAGAAAUUGGGUACAACUGUGUGGCAGAUAUCUGGUCGCUGGGAAUAACUGCCAUAGAAAUGGCUGAAGGAAAGCCUCCUUAUGCUGAUAUCCAUCCAAUGAGGGCAAUUUUCAUGAUUCCUACAAACCCUCCUCCCACAUUCCGAAAACCAGAGCUGUGGUCAGAUAACUUCACGGAUUUUGUGAAGCAGUGUCUUGUAAAGAGCCCUGAGCAGAGAGCCACAGCCACUCAGCUCCUACAGCACCCAUUUGUCAAGAGUGCCAAAGGAGUGUCAAUACUGCGGGACUUAAUUAACGAAGCAAUGGAUGUGAAACUGAAACGCCAGGAAGCCCAGCAGCGGGAAGUGGACCAGGAUGAUGAAGAAAACUCGGAGGAGGAUGAAAUGGAUUCUGGCACGAUGGUUCGAGCAGUGGGUGACGAGAUGGGCACUGUCCGAGUAGCCAGCACCAUAAGUGAAGGAGCCAAUACUAUGAUUGAGCAUGAUGACACACUGCCAUCACAGCUGGGCACCAUGGUGAUCAAUGCAGAGGAUGAGGAAGAGGAAGGGACUAUGAAAAGAAGGGAUGAAACCAUGCAGCCUGCAAAACCAUCUUUCCUUGAAUACUUUGAACAAAAAGAAAAGGAAAACCAGAUCAAUAGCUUUGGCAAGAGUAUACCUGGCCCACUGAAAAAUUCUUCAGAUUGGAAAGUACCACAGGAUGGAGACUAUGAGUUUCUUAAGAGUUGGACAGUGGAGGACCUUCAGAAGAGGCUCUUGGCCCUAGACCCCAUGAUGGAGCAGGAGAUUGAAGAGAUCCGGCAGAAGUACCAGUCCAAGCGGCAGCCAAUCCUGGAUGCCAUUGAGGCUAAGAAGAGGCGGCAACAAAAUUUCUGAGUGAGGCCGGGCUGGAAGGGCCCCGCCUCACCCAGGCCUAUGGUGAAUCCUGGAUUGCUUGCCUCACAUUUGUUAGCCAGCACUUCUGCUCUGUCAUUUCACCACAGCACCUUUGUGAACUCAGGAAUGUGCGCCAGCAGGAAGGGCUACUUUGACAGUCAGUGUGCCAUCUGGAUGUGUGUAUUUAUGUUGGUCAGAUAUAUUAUUUCAAAGGAUGUAUAUUGGCGCUUUUAACUCAGAGUUUUAAACCCCCGGAUAGAGACUCCUAGUUGAAUGAUAGUUUUACAUUGUUUUUUUGUUUUUCU